AGUACAAACGGCUGUCUCUACUCUCACAAAUGUUUAAACAUCUAGGGUUAUAUUUGUCGUCGUCAAGAUUAAUAAUGGACUACUCCUAGGGGCUUUCUCUUCAAAACCCGACAACCAUGUGUUAUUCACAUCUAGGCUGGUUGCUUUUGUUGGAACCUCUGCGCGCCGUUCAUCUCUACAACCCGUUUACCCGGGACAUCAUCAGUUGCAACCGUAGCUAUGGGGAGGGGGUUGAGGAGAGCAUGUUUUUCUAUUCAAAGUCAUCUGCUAUUACUACUUCUAAUGGCGAUUGUCCAAUCAUUAGCGUUGGUUUCUUCGAGGAGGAGAAAGUUAUGGUUAAAGUGAUCAACCUCCGCCCUGGGGAUGAAUGUGCGAGGCGUAUUGUUGUGGAAAGCAAUAGGGCUUUCAAGGCACCUGCACUGACAAGCCCGGUUUUGGUUCAAGGUGUGAUCUAUUACUUAGACCAGAAAGGACAUCUGGGAAGGUUUAGAGUAACACAUUCGUCAGUGGGAAACAAAUGGAGCUUUGAAGUUCUUGACAAGCCCCAAUGCCCGGAUGGGCUUAUUGAUUCUUCAUAUCACAACUACUUGGUGGAGUGCGGCGGGGAGCUGAUUUCGGUGUUUGUUGGGCGUUUGGGUAAAUGGGUUUCGGUUUACAGGCUGAAUGGUGACGAAGAGGCUUGGGAAACGGUCGCGGAUUUGGGCGGGUACGACUUGUACCUCAGCCCAUCUUCAUCCUUGUCUGUUUUGACAAAGACAAGAGGGAACAGAAUCUAUGGCCAUUGGCUUUGUGGUUCUGAAAUUGCGUUCUUCUCUCUGGACACAGGCAAAUGGCAUUUCUCAGGGAGCGGAGAUUCAUCGUGUGAUCUUUACGGUACGAGAAUGCACCUAAACUCCUCUUGGGUUAUGCCCACUUGGUAGUUUAUUUAUUUAUAUGCAUACACAUAGUAACUUUGGGGGUGUUCAUUGCACACAUUCUUAUUGAAUUUGUUUACAUCACAGUGACAUUAAUAAUGAGGGUCUGUUUGU